UAUGGGCUGGGCGCGGCGGAGACGCGCUGAAUCUGGCCUUAGGAAAGGCGACUCCGACCGGGGUCACGGAGAGAGCCGAGCGGAGCCGGGGAGACCCGAGUGUGACCGGAGGCGCUCCGGCGAGCCGGAAGCAGAGCCGAGCCAGCCCGAAGGGGGCUGAGCGCGGUCGGGCAUCCGGCCUGGUGAACCGGUGCCAUGGCGGCCGAGGGCGCAGCUGUGGCCGGAGGCGGGGCUGUCGGCGGCCGGCUGGCCCAGGACAGCCUCCCGCUGUCUAAGUGCGCGGACGCGGCUCCCAUCCGGCGGCGCGGCUCGGCGCUGUCGUGUGACGCCGAGCGCCGAGCCUACCAGUGCUGCCGGGAGUACUUGGGCGGGGCCUGGCGCCGAGUGCGGCCCGAGGAGCUGAGGGUUGACCCCGUGAGCGGAGGCCUCAGCAACCUGCUGUUUCGCUGCUCGCUGCCGGACCGCCUGCCCAGCGUGGGCAAGGAGCCCCGGGAGGUGCUGCUGCGGCUCUACGGGGCCAUCCUGCAGGGCGUGGAUUCUUUGGUCCUUGAAAGUGUGAUGUUCGCCAUCCUUGCAGAGCGGUCGUUGGGGCCCCAGCUGUACGGAGUCUUUCCUGAGGGUCGGCUGGAACAGUACAUUCCAAGCCGACCACUGAAAACGAAUGAGCUUCGAGAGCCGCUGUUGUCAGCAGCCAUUGCCACCAAGAUGGCCCAGUUCCACGGCAUGGAGAUGCCCUUCACCAAGGAGCCCCACUGGCUGUUCGGGACCAUGGAGCGGUACCUAAAGCAGAUCNAUUAUAAAUAG